CCCCCCUCCCGGGGUGGGUGGCUUUCGCCGCCGCCUUCCGGCACGCCAUGGACAGGCCCGGCGGCCUCGCCACGCUCCGGGAGAUGUACGACGAGUGGCCGUUCUUCCGCGUCACCAUCGACCUCCUCGAGAUGGUGUUCGCCAAGGGCGACCCCGGCAUCGCCGCGCUCUACGACAAGCUCCUCGUCCCCGAAGACCUCUGGCCCUUCGGGGAGCAGCUCAGAGCCAACUACGCCGAGACACAGAGCCUCCUCCUAAAGGUUGCUGGGCACGAAGACCUGCUGGAGAGCGACCCGUACCUGAGGCAGCGGCUGUUGCUGCGGGACUCGUACAUCACGGCGCUGAACGUGUGCCAGGCGUACACGCUGAAGAGGAUCAGGGACGGCGAGUUCAGGCCGGCAACGCGGCCGCCGCUGUCCAAGGAGUUCAUCGACGAGACGGCGGAGAGCCUGAUGGAGCUCAACCCCAGCAGCGAGUACGACCCCGGGCUGGAGGACACGCUCAUCCUCACCAUGAAGGGAAUCGCCGCGGGCAUGCAGAACACGGGCUGAUUCUGAAUUUUUCUUCUUGGGUGGACUCUCAUGUCCUGGUCAUGGAUUUGUGACCCUCUUUUUUUUUCUGAAAAUAGUAGAAGGAUCGGUGAAAGUGGAAAUGUGCAUUGGUUUUUGCGUUU